AGACUCGAGUCACUCUCAGUACUCGGCUCCAUUUUCUAUCUAUAAUUUGACUGGAAGUCAAUGCCUUCGUCCCUCCCAUAUUUUUCCCAGAUCGAGUACGAGUCUUUGUUUCACUUUAUACGCACAAGCGCGCGCCGCGCAUUAUACAUAUAUAAUACACGCUUUUUUUGAAUAAUGUAUACGUCUGAUCUCUCUCUCUAUAUACAGAGAUAUGCUUUUGAUGGCCUCUGUCAAGGAUGCAAAAGCAAGAAAAGCAUAACGAGAUUGCCACUUUUCCUUUCAUCAUAGACAUCCUGUACUAGGAAACUUUUUCCUAGCUGCUUCCUUCAGCUCGAAGGAACUUUCUUUCCCUCUAUUUCAAAGGAGAAUUAGAUUUUGGCGUUUGGAUGACUAUACAGCGUUUGAGAGGAGACCAAGGAGCUGACAUCAAGGCGGAGAUGAGCACUAAGGUGAAGAAGCAAGAAUUUCCGGGCAGAAGCUUAAUCGACUUGGUACUCUCCUGGUCUAUCAAUGAUGUCCUCAAUGAAAAUCUUUAUGAAGGCCAGGUGAAAACGAUCCCACUGACAUUCUCAUCGGUCCCAGAAUACUUGAAGUCAUUAAGCAUUCCACUUAUUAAGGAAACGCAAGCUGACUUGUUGGCAAGCAUUUCAACAGUGUCUCGAGCACCUAUUUGUAAAAUAGUUUCUGUCCAAAAAUCAAAAAAUUAUAAACCGCCCCAUGACUUCUUUUACAGCAUUAUGCUACCAGCAGUGUGGCAAUUCAAGAAUAAUAAAGAGAUGUAUGAGCCUCAGAAUGGAGACCUCAUUGCAAUAACAGAUGUAAAACCAGAAUCUGUUGAGGAUUUAGACAGACCCAACAGAUCCUAUGUUGUCGCUUAUGUUCAAUGGGUGAGAGAAGGAGGCCUACUUGCACUAUCAGUAUUGUCCUCACAGCCCAUCUUGGUUGAAGAAGAAAAGAGCAAGAACAAACAGACUCUUUAUGCCGUUUUCCUGACAAACAUGACCACGAAUAUCCGCAUUUGGAGAGCAUUGAACACUCAACUGGAAGGUGGGAACUUGAACUUCUUUCAAGAAGUGCUGAACCCUAAAUCUACUGAUGAUGCUGAAAAUCCAACUAUCAGCUUCUCUGAUGAGAAAUGUAGAACUGCCUUUGUGGAUAUGAGGGACAGAAUCGUGUCUUCUGAUUUAAAUUUGUCCCAGAAAGCUGCAGUUAUUAGCUGUUUGGUUUCUAGGGAAUGCAAUAAGAAGAAGAAUACUAUCAAUCUAAUAUGGGGACCUCCGGGGACUGGGAAAACCAAGACGGUUGCUUUCUUACUGUUCUCUCUCCUUAAAAUGAAAUGCAGAGUGCUUAUAUGUGCCCCGACCAAUACUGCAGUUUUGGAAGUGACUCGGCGGCUUGUGAAGAAUGUUACACAGUCCUUUGAAUAUGUUGCUUAUGGGCUUGGGGAUGUAGUUUUAUACGGAAAUGAGCAGCGGAUGAAUAUUACUGAUCAUCAUGACCUUCUCGAUGUAUUCCUUGAUAACCGAAUUGAGAUACUAAAUAAAUGCUUAGUUCCAUCGGGUUGGAAAGAUGGUUUACAAUCAAUGAUUUGUUUGCUCAAGGACGCCAAAAAGGAAUACCGUCGCUACUUGAAAGAAGGAAAAGUGAAAGAAGAGGAGGAGAAAAAAGAGAAAGGAAUGUCUGCAAAUGAGGGGGCUAGUGGGAAUCAAGGAAGUAAUAUCAAGGGUCAGUCCUCUAAGGGUAAGAAGAGCAUGAAAUUUCAGAAGCAAGUUGUUGAGGCCUCAAAUGAAAACCAAAGCAAGAAAACGCCGAAAGGGAUGGUGCCUUCUAAGAAUGAAAAGAAACUAAAGCAUGAGGAGAAGGAAAGCGGGGGUUGUUCUUCACAAGUUGUGAAUGACAAUCCUUUGACGUUUGGGGAGUUUCUAAGGGGGAGUUUCAAUCGCAUUGUAGAGCGUCUGAGGUUUUGUAUUGUAAAUUUGUGUACGCACUUGCCAACUUCUUUUAUUUCACUAGAGGUGGUAAAGAACAUGGCAAAAGCUCUUGAUGUUCUCAAUUCUCUCGAAGCUUUGCUGCGUACUGCUAGUGUUGAUGACAAAGGAGUAGAACAAGUCUUCAGCCAAAAAUUAGGAGGCGGUCUCGGUCACUUGGAAAAGUUGAGACUUGAGAUCAGCGAGUGCCUUCGCAUACUUGGAACACUUCCUAAAGAAUUCUCUCUCCCGGAGAAGAUUUCUAGUAAGAAUGCACUAAAAGAUUUCUGCCUUGCAAAUGCACGUCUGAUUUUCUGCACUGUAUCAAGCUCUAUUAAAUUGUACAGAGAAAAAAUGAAUCCUCUGGAACUAUUAGUUAUAGAUGAAGCUGCUCAGCUCAAGGAAUGUGAAUCGACCAUUCCUUUACAACUUCCCGGUCUCCGACAGGUAGUGCUUAUUGGGGAUGAGCGACAACUGCCUGCGAUGGUUCAAAGCAAGGUUGCUGAGAACGCUGAAUUUGGUAGAAGUUUGUUCCAAAGGCUGGUAUUGCUAGGACACAGGAGAAACCUUCUCAAUGUGCAGCACAGGAUGCAUCCAUCCAUAAGCCAAUUUCCGAAUCGGGAGUUCUAUGACAGUAAGAUUUUGGAUGGAGACAAUGUCAAAGGAAAAAGCCACGAGAGGCGUUUCCUUCAGGGGAAGAUGUACGGUUCGUACUCUUUCAUCAAUGUAGCACAUGGAAAAGAGGAAUUUGAUAACAGCCAAAGCCAGAAAAAUAUGGUUGAGGCUGCUGUGGUGUAUGAGAUAGUUUCACGCCUUGUCAAAGUUAACAAGAAGAACAAGGUUAAUGUUGGUAUCAUCUCACCGUACAAGGCACAAGUGGAUACAAUCUCAAAGAUGGUCAACAAAUUAAGUAGAGGCUCUAGCAGUAACUUUUCCAUUAGUGUUCGCUCUGUAGAUGGGUUCCAGGGUGGUGAGGAGGAUGUUAUAAUUAUUUCCACUGUCAGAAGUAAUGUGAAUGGAGCAGUAGGUUUUCUUUCCAAUUGUCAGAGAGCAAAUGUGGCACUAACACGUGCACGGCAUUGCCUUUGGAUAGUGGGAAAUGGGGCGACUUUAAAUAACAGCGGCACUGUUUGGACGGAACUAGUCAUUGAUGCAAAGAAAAGAGGGUGUUUCUAUAAUGCCGAUGAAGACCAGAGCUUGGCUGUGGCUAUUAGAGCUGCCUUGGUUAAGCAGGGCCAAAUGGGGAGUUUACUCAAAAAUGACUCUUUUCUGUUCAGAAAAACUAUAUGGAAGGUCUCCUUCAGCAAUGAUUUUGUGGAAUCUAUGUCUAGAUUUAAAAACGCUGAGGUGCUUUCUUUAUUGGAGAAACUUGCAAAUGGUUGGCGUCAGCCUCAUUGGAAGAAAAAACUCUUUGUUCAUCAUGGAACUUCUUCUUCACUAUUAGAGCAGUACAAGGUCAAUAAUGGGUCACUGAUUCUUGUUUGGACUGUAGACAUUGUCAAGCAAAACGCAUAUUACAUUCAGAUUUUGAAGAUCUGGGACAUCUUGCCAUUAUCCAAAAUGUCACAAUUAGCAAAUCAUCUUGAUGUCUUCUUUGGGAAUUACACAGUGGAUAUGAUUAAUUGCUGCAAACAAAAAUGUUUUGACAGGGAUUUAGUUGUUCCAAUGAAAUGGCCAAUUGGCUCAAGUAGUUGUCCUGAAGCUAAUCCUGUGCAGUCAUUGUUAGAACCGUUAGCUUCACUCAGUCUGUGGGGUGAUCCAGAAACAUCCUAUCCAACUUAUUGGUGACUGACUGGCACUGCCUGCCAAAACCCUGAUACUGCAUGUAAGGAGGGCAAGCAUGAUCCUGCUGGUGAGCGAAGAACUUCCUGCAGAGGACUUAAAUCUAUGCAUACAAGGUUUUUUCCCCCCUCCUUUGUCAUUGUGUGGACCUUGGACUGUGGUCAAAGUGAGGAGAAAUCUUAUUUCUUCUCAACAUAGGCUAUAGCUUUCUCAUUAUACAUAUAGUUGCUUUUGUGAUGGAAUCAACACACUCAUAGAAUCACGAUCCCUGCUGAACUCAUUUCUCACCAUGUUCCCCUGUUUUGCAUUUUGUUUUGGGGGGCGGGGGGGAGGAUAAUGGAAAUUUGCUUCUUUUGUGGAUUAGAAACAGAAUGUAAUGUUUAUAUCAUGGAAAUUUGUGUUUAAUUACUUCCUUUAGCUGGAAUGUGAUAGAUUUGUGUCUACUUAAUACACAUACUUUCCAAGAGACUGCCCUCCUUGUUGUCAUCCACUGCCAUUCCAAGAUUUUCAGAGAGGGUAAAUGAUUGUGGAAUCCUUUUCUAUCAUAUAGGAAUGGCUGUUGUAGAACUCCUACUUCGAAGUAAUUACUCUACAAAUUCUCUCUAUAUGAAGAAGAAAUCAUGUAACAAAAGGACAACAUAUGGGAUAGGGGAUUCUGAGAGUUGUAUUGGUGAUCACUUGGCAAGCAUUGCUAAAUAAAUGUCUGUGCUAAAAAAUAUUUUUAAGCAUUGACCCAUCCUGAAGUUACAAAUGGAGAGUUCAGGCAUCCAUUCCAUACUACAAAAUUAUAUCUGGAGACUUCUGUAUCUGUAUUUAUCUUGGUAUUCUGGAAACAGAACAUACCAGCUGGGGGGAAAAGUCCAGUUUAAGGCCAUAUGCAGGAAGUAGGGAUGUCUCCCCAAGGCAAGAGUCCCUUUAUUUCAACCUGCCUUAUUUACUUAAUUCAACCGAUUAAUUUGGUUGCAAUAUUUACAAAAUAAAUUCACCAAAGCAUUAGUUCCCAUCAGUUAAAAA